AAGACAGAAGCUACGUCAUCAGAGUGCGCGCUGGUUUCAGAUAGGAGGUGGCAGAUGCCUCUUCGAAACAACAGUCAAUUGUCGUCUACUUACGAACUGUUUUUCCUCUCAUACUGCUGAAGAGCAGCGGUUGGGAUGCCAAAGAAGUUCCAGGGCGAGAACUCUAAGGCGGCCACUGCCAGAGCCCGCAAGGCCGAGGCCAAGGCAGUGGAAGACGCCCGCAAAAAGCAGCAGGAAGAAGAUGCUCUGUGGCAGGAAACUGACAAACAUGUACUCAAGAAAGGGCAGAGAAAGGAUGACAGGGAGAAGAAGAGGCUUGAGCUUCUAGAGAGGAAAAAGGAAAACCAGAGACUUCUUGAUGAGGAGAGUGCUAGGCUGAGAGGCAAAUCCCAGAAGGAAGCUGGAUCUGGUGGAAAAGUUACUCGUGCACAGAUUGAGGAGACACUUGAGAAUGAGCAGCAGCAACAUGACAAGGAGCAGCUCAAGCCAAAAGAAAAGAGCCACCUGGAGAUUCCACUGGAGGAGAACGUGAACAGAAUUAUCCCUGAAGAAGGAACUGUGGAAGCCAGAACAAUAGAAGAUGCCAUCGCUGUGCUCAGCACGGGGCCUGAGGAUCUGGACCAACACCCGGAGCGGAGGAUGAAGGCAGCAUUUGCUGCUUAUGAGGAAGCCAGCAUGCCUCGCCUAAAAAUGGAAAACCCCAACAUGAGGUUGUCGCAGCUGAAGCAACUGUUGAAGAAAGAGUGGAUGAAGGCGCCAGAGAACCCCUUGAACCAACGUUUUGCCACUUACAACUUAAAGUGAAUGCACUCCUUCCCCGUCAUAUCUCCAUUUGAAAAAUGUCUGCCUAUGCACAUUGGAGAAAAGUUGAAUACUUUAAAAAUGAGUGUUGCUGACGAUAGCUUCACCAUUACCCGCCCAGAAACCAGAGGACUCGGCUUUGUUGUUCCAUAAAUUAGCAGAGAGAAGCUCAUUUUCCUCUUUCAAGGUCACAACUGAUAUCAUAUCUGUGCACAUGGCCUAAUGAUGCACUUCAGCAUCAAAUAAAUUGAAUUACUUUUUUUUAGCACUUCUGGGGAGGUGGGAAGCCUGAUGUUUUGAGAGUAACUUAUUAAAGUUCACCACUCGAUCAUCAA